AUCAACCCCCGCGGCGGCCAUGGCGGAGGCUCCCACUCCCACGACGCUGGCGCGGAAGCCGAGGCCGCCGAUGUCGCGCCUCAUGCGGCUCUCCCUCAAGGUCGUGGACCGCGUCGCCGACGCCACCCGCCGCGCCGACGGCACGCUGAACCGCUGCGCGCUGUCGCUGCUGGACCCGCGCGUCCCGGCCAUCUCCUCCCCGUGCCGCGGUGUCGCGUCCCGGGACGUCGUCCUCGACCGCGCCUCCCGCCUCCGCGCGCGCCUCUUCCACCCGGCGGCCGCGACGGCGAAAGCCAGCGCGGCGGGCCUCCCAGUGAUCGUCUUCUUCCACGGCGGCGGGUUCGCGUUCCUCUCCGCGGCGUCCCCGGCCUACGACGCGGCCUGCCGCCGCAUCGCGCGGUACGCCUCCGUGGCGGUGCUCUCCGUCGACUACCGCCGCGCCCCCGAGCACCGGUUCCCGGCGCCCUACGACGACGGCCUCGCCGCGCUCCGCUUCCUCGACGACCCCAAGAACCACCCGCUCCCGCUGGACGUCACCCGCUGCUACGUCGCGGGCGACAGCGCCGGCGGCAACAUCGCGCACCACGUCGCGCGUCGCUACGCGCUGGACCCGUCGUCCUUCAGGAACGUCCGCCUCGCCGGCCUCGUCGCCAUCCAGCCCUUCUUCGGCGGCGAGGAGCGCACCGACUCCGAGCUCCGCCUCGACGGCGCCGCGCCCAUCGUGUCCAUCGACCGCGCCGACUGGAUGUGGCGCGCGUUCCUGCCAGCCGGCGCCGACCGCACGCACGAGGCCGCCAACUUCGCGCACCCGGCCGCCGCGGCCGGGCUCGAGUCCCCGGCGUUCCCGCCCGUGCUGCUCGCCAUCGGCGGCUUCGACCCGCUGCAGGACUGGCAGCGCCGGUACGCCGAGACGCUCAAGGGCAUGGGCAAGGACGUGCGCGUGGCCGAGUACCCGGACGCCAUCCACGCGUUCUACGUCUUCCCCGUGUUCGACGACGCCCGGGACUUCAUCAUACGCAUGGCCCAGUUCGUCGCCGAAAGCGCCCCUGCCGCCGCAGCGGCGGCGAGUGACCAACCGUAACGGGUUCUCGCCCUCGCCGUCGUUGUCAAGUGUUGUGUGCCGUGCAGUGUUUCGUCGGAGUGUCUGCUUGCAUCGCGGCGUUUGGGAGGAUUGGGCCAGGUGUGGUUGCGUGGGCGAGAGAGUAGAAAAAUGUGUGUGAUUUUGUAAUGCUACUUUGGUAAGUUUGGUAUAUGAGUGAUGUAAAUUAAUUAAUUUAUUAAUCCAGUGAUUUUCUGAUGUA